UAAAAUGGCCAGUUCAGAGGACGCGAUCGAGCCGGCGGCUCAGAACGCCACGGCGACGCGCCUCGGGAGGAGACGCUUCUCCCGCGACUUUCACAACAUGAGUCCAGAUGAGAUCGACGGCCUGGUUUCCAGCAGUGAGGGACGUGCUUUCCUGGUGGUUCAUCAUCUUCAAGAAAUCAAAGCAGCUGAUGUACUUUACUUCCUGCCGGGUAUUCCCAUCACAUGCAAAAUGGACAACACGGAGAAACACACCACUCAGUCAAAGGUCCGCGUGGGCACCUUGUACACAGUGCAUUUAACGCACGGCCCGUUCCACUGGACGGUGAAGAGGAAGUACAAGCACUUCCAGGAGCUGCACCGAGAACUUUACAGGCACUGGGUCAUGGUCCAUUUGCUGCCUUUAGGAAGAUUUGCAAAGGAGAGGCAGCAGGGAGCGAUGCCAGAGGAAAUGCCCAGCCUGCAGGGGACUGAGCGCACCAGGAGGACCUCCAGCAAAACGAAAUUUCUUGAGGAGUUUCUGAACGACCUACUGGAGAACACAUUAUUCAGAAAUCAUCACAGCAUGCUGGAUUUUUUGUCUAUCGGUCCGCUCUCCUUUGUAACCGACCUUGGACCCAAAGGCCUGGAGGGACCCAUCGACAAGAGGUCAGGGGGUCACCGACUGCUCGGCUUGAACUGCCUCGGCCACCAUCGGGUCUGCUUCCGCUGGUCGCGCCGCUGGCUGGUGGUGAAAGACUCGUUCCUGAUGUACAUGGACAAGGACAGCGCCUGCAUCAACUUCGUGCUGCUGUUUGACCCCGAGUUCACGGUGAAGGUGGGCGGCGCUCACACAGGCACUAAACACGGAGUCUGCUUUGAGAACUUCACACGGAGUCUCAUCAUCAAAUGUAGCAGCUACAGACAAAGUCAGUGGUGGAGUCAUAAAAUCAACGAGCUGGCAGAGUCCUGUGACUUCGUCAAAGAGCAGCGCUUUGGAGGAUUUGCACCGCCGCGCAGCAACACACUCACUAAAUGGUAUGUGAAUGGAAGCGGCUACUUUGAGGAUCUAGCUAAUGCUCUGGAACAAGCUGCAGAGGAAAUCUUCAUUACAGAUUGGUGGCUCAGCCCUGAAGUCCACCUAAAGAGACCAGCAACUGAUAACUACUGGCGUCUGGAUGAGAUACUCAAACGCAAAGCUGAACAAGGAGUCAAAGUGUGCGUUCUACUCUACAAAGAGGUGGAACUAGCGCUUGGCAUAAAUAGCGACCACAGCAAGAGGACUCUGAUGAAUAUGCACCCCAACAUCAAGGUAAUGCGACACCCUGACCAUGUGUCAAGCGCGGUGUUUUUUUGGGCUCACCAUGAAAAGAUGGUGGCGAUCGACCAAACUGUGGCCUUCGUCGGGGGGAUUGACCUGGCGUUCGGGAGGUGGGACGACAGUAGGUACCGGCUCACGGACCUGGGCUCGUCGGAGACGGCAGACGUAGCAGCCGCGGGGCAGGGUAACGGUGCGGCCGAGAAGAGUCCGGAUUCACUGACUGGAAACACUCAACUGUGGCUCGGGAAAGACUACAGCAACUUCAUCAGGAAAGACUGGGUUCAACUGGACAAACCUUUUGAAGACAACAUUGACCGCACUCGGGUCCCCCGCAUGCCGUGGCGCGACCUGUCUGCAGCUAUUCACGGCAAAGCUGCCAGGGAUGUGGCCCGUCACUUCAUCCAGCGCUGGAACUUCACCAAGAUCUUCAAAAGCAAGUACAAGGACGACUUCUACCCUUGCCUUCUUCCCAAGUCUCAUUCCACCGCCGACUCGCUCCCAUUCACCGUUCCUGAGUCUAGAAAAGCCAGAGUUCAGGUGUUGCGCUCGGCCGACCGCUGGUCAACUGGAACCUGUGAGAAGUCCAUCUGCCAGGCCUACGUCGACGUCAUCGAGAAGAGCGAGCACUACAUCUACAUCGAGAACCAGUUCUUCAUCAGCUGUGCCGAUGGGAGAACUGUCUACAACGGGAUCGGUGAUGCAAUCGUGGCACGAAUUCUCCGCGCACACAGGGAGCAGAAGAAGUACAGAGUGUUUGUGGUGGUUCCGCUGCUUCCUGGAUUUGAGGGAGACAUUAAUGUGGGAGGUGGAAAUGCCAUUCAAGCUAUUCUGCACUUUACUUACAGGACCAUGUGUCGUGGGGAGUACUCUAUCCUGGAGAGACUUCAUGAAGUGCAGGACCAGUGGACGGAGUACAUCACCCUGUGUGGCCUGAGAACCUAUUCCCAUCUCUCCAAGUCACUGGUCACAGAGCUGAUUUAUGUCCACAGCAAAACCCUCAUUGCCGAUGACCGCUGCUAUAUCAUUGGAUCAGCCAACAUCAAUGACCGCAGCAUGCUGGGCUGUAAAGACAGCGAGUUGGCAGUGUUGGUGGAAGAUGAGGAACGGGUGCCAUCCGUUAUGGGAGGGGAGGAAUACCAGGCUGGGCCCUUAACGCUCGCCCUGCGUAAAGAGUGCUUCAGGAUCCUUGUCGGCGCUUCCUCAGACCCCAGCAUCAAUAUUGAUGAUCCAAUCAGCGACAAUUUCUUCUUCCUGGUCUGGAAUGAGUCUGCUAAGCUGAACACUACAAUAUAUGACAAGGUGUUCAAAUGCCUUCCAAGCAAUGCUGUGCACAACAUGCGAGAGCUGAGGGAAUACUCCAACGAGCAACGCCUCUGCGACGCCGACCCCGAUCAGGCCAGAAAGGAGCUGAAGGAUGUCCGAGGCCUUCUGGUGCAUUUCCCCCUGAAAUUCCUGUGUGAGGAGAACCUGCUGCCUCCAAAGGGCACCAAAGAGGGCAUGGCCCCUGUAGGACUGUGGACAUGACUGCAGCUCCGCCUGGACUGGACUCACUCCAUCGACAGGCUGCUGAAUCACGCGCUGCGUCUUGCAGUUCUAAGCGUGGUCAGCCAUCACACUAAAGUAGCACUAGCACUUACACUAAAACGCACUUACAGAGGGAAAACAUCAACUCAACGUGUCUUAUUCAAUAAUCAGGAAUGAUCCUAACAUCGUGUUUUUGCCCGGUGAUAGACAAGUCUAAACAUAUCCACAGCAGCAGACUGACCUGUUCAAAAUGGCAGUGUCUGCUUCACCACCUCCUCAGUUCAAGUCUGAACAACCCGGCUGGCGAUGGUGCCCAACACACACAAAUGAAUGCAUGAUUCAGAGGGUUGCGAACUUGUGCUGGUAAUGAAGCAUCUCGCGUGAUCUGGAGGCAUAGUGUACACUUAUUGGUGCAAGGCUUUUGGGUGGGUGGUUCUGACUCUCUCUCUUUCUCUCCCUCCGAGGCUUCGCCUCUCACUGCAGUGCCAGCAAAUCUGUCGGAACAUUUGUGGUUGUUAUGGUGACGGAUAUAAAGAGAUGACUGGAUUGAAAAAGACUGGAUGGAGUGUUGAAGGGAGAGUACUGAUGUGAGGGACGACUUACUAAAUCUGGAUAGUGUACAGGAAAUAGGCAGGUGAAUGUGUGGAAGUAAAAAAACGACAUUUUUACUGGAAGCAAAGUCAUUAAAAAGCUUUGUGUAAAUUAUCAGGUGGAGAGACAUGAGAACAAGAAAAUUAAGCUGUGCUAUGUUGAUUUACGUUUUAUUGUCAUAUUUUUUGAGUUACCAUAACAACCAGUGAAUUAUCAUUGCACUGUGUUGUCAGCAGUCAGGAACAGAACAUUCCAGUUUUCAUUUGGCUUUGAAAAAGCUACGGGAAGCACUUGAUGAUUACAUUUUCAGCUACUUCCCUGUGGACUCUAUAGUGUGUCCAGGUGCCAUACUGUAUGUGCUAUAGAUUAAUGGCCUUAAUUCGUUUAAUCUAACUCCAUUUGCCUGGAUGCAAUACAUGUAGCCACAACGCCUGCAGAAUCAAUAAUGACCUAUGGUGGCUUUUAUCCGUAAUGCAGUUCUGAGUGUCAACAGGCGAUCAUUUUAAUAUAAACCUGCAAAUAUAUGUGACUUCGGCGUUUGUUUGUUGUGUAAUCUCAGUCCUCUAGAGCCCUUCAAACCUGCUAAUUCUUUUUAUGGAACCAUGAGGAACUGUGAAUGAGUCAUUCUGUUCGUACACCACUGCACAGGAUGUUUAAAAACGCUGUGCAGCUGAAAGUAGCACAUCUGUCAUCGUGCCUUGUUUUUCAGUAGAAAAGUCUUUGAAUGGGUUUGUGCCAGACGUGGGAGCUUUUGACUAGAAGACGGUCGCUUGAAUCCCCAAACCAGCAGAUGAAAUUAAGGAGGGGGUUAAACCCACCAGCAUCAUUCACAACUCCAACCUCAGCAGUGACACUGUGGUUGUCUAUAGCAAAGUAAUUGUUUUCAUAAAUUAAGGCAGCAUACUGUAUGAAGCAUUUGAAUGGAACAGUAUGUUAAGUAUUUCAGCCUGAAUGUGUUGGUUUUGACCUUGACAAUAUGCAAUUACCUGCUCCAUGCAUUUUAAAAUGACUUCUGUUUCAUGUCAUGUAGCUCAAUGGUUGAUGUGAUUAAUCCAGCCUGUAUAAAGAGUGGAAAUCUGUCAACCUGUGGCAAAUGUAAUGCACAGAUUUGUCAUAGGUUGGACAGACUUGCUUCCAGGGCAAGUGUUCAACAAGCCAACCUACAUCUUACUGUAAUAUGUUAAAAUGCGUCUUUAUGAAGCACCUUUCACAGAGGAGCCAGUACAUCAAUGUGUACUGUGAAGUUGUGUGUUGCUCAUACAAAAAUCUACAUACUUUGCAUACUAAUUGUUAGUCUUUCUGAAACUAGUUGCCUUUAAACAUUACUUAUCUCUAACUAUAUUUUGUUGGAAGAUCUAUGAAGUAACCUUAUACUAUUUUAUUGUGAUUUUUGUUUUAUUUUAAUUUUAAGGACACUUUUAUGCAUAUAAUACUAAACCAAAUGUCUGUUUUUAACCUACUUAUACUUUUGUUUUGUCAUAUUUUUAACAAAGCUCUGCAGACAUGCCAAUCUAGGUUAUUACUUUGGAGUAAUAAUGUAUAAGUUACUACUGAAACACUCAGGGGCAGAGAGAGAAAAGUAUUCUUACGCUAAUGUUUAACAGUUGUACUUUGAAGCAUUUUUUGUUUCUGUGUUUCCUGAAUAAACAUGUUAUUGAACAAUU